ACUCCGCCCCGCCCCUCCCGUCUUGCCGCUUCUUUGAGCGGAAGUUGGAUCAUUGAAGCGCCAAAAAAGAAUUUAGUGGAACACUUGAUUUUCGCUUGAGGCACGAUUGCGGCGCUGUACGCUUCAGACACCUUCUGGAAGCUGCGGUGGGGGAACUGAGUUUCCCGAGCCGUUGAGAAAGAUGGGAUUCAGCACCGCGCGGGGACCACUGGAAAGCUGCGGCUGAAGAGAACCGCAGACUUGGCAGGAGCCGCCUGAGGAGCUCAGAUCUCGGAGACUCUUAGUCCGGUGGUGCUUCUCUGCGGGACAAGGGGAGGGAGAAUCCGGCGGGACAGAUCUGCGUGUAUCCUGGAGCCGGCCCAGUUGCGAACUAGGAGAGGUUUGGGACCUCUGUCCCAGGCAAGAGAGAUGAAUGGAGAGUAUAGAGGCAGAGGAUUUGGACGAGGAAGAUUUCAAAGCUGGAAAAGAGGAAGAGGUGGCGGGAACUUCUCAGGAAAAUGGAGAGGAAGAGGACACAGACCUGAUCUGAGUAAAACCACAGGAAAACAUACUUCUGAACAAACCCCGCAGUCUUUGCUUUCAACAAAGACCCCACAGUCAAUGCAGUCAACAUUGGAUCGGCUCAUACCAUAUAAAGGCUGGAAGCUUUAUUUCUCUGAAGUUUACAGCGAUAGCUCUCCUUUGAUUGAGAAGAUUCAAGCAUUUGAAAAAUUUUUCACAAGGCAUAUUUAUUUGUAUGAUAAGGAUGAAAUAGAAAGAAAGGGAAGUAUUUUGGUGGAUUUUAAAGAACUGAUAGAAGAUGAUGAAGUAACUAACUUGAUACCAGAUACAGCAAAUGAACUAAGAGAUGCACCUGAGAAAACCUUGGCUUGCAUGGGUUUGGCAAUACAUCAGGUAUUAACUAAGGACCUUGAAAGGCAUGCAGCUGAGUUACAAGCCCAGGAAGGAUUGUCUAGUGAUGGAGAAACAAUGGUAAAUGUGCCACAUAUUCAUGCAAGGGUGUACAACUAUGAGCCUUUGACACAGCUCAAGAAUGUCCGAGCAAAUUACUAUGGAAAAUACAUUGCUUUAAGAGGGACGGUGGUUCGUGUCAGUAAUAUAAAGCCUCUUUGCACCAAGAUGGCUUUUCUUUGUGCUGCAUGUGGAGAAGUUCAGAGUUUUCCUCUUCCAGAUGGAAAAUACAGUCUUCCCACAAAGUGUCCUGUGCCUGCAUGUCGAGGCAGGUCAUUUACUGCUCUCCGCAGCUCUCCUCUCACAGUUACAAUGGACUGGCAGUCAAUCAAAAUUCAGGAGUUGAUGUCUGAUGAUCAGAGAGAAGCAGGUCGGAUUCCACGAACAAUAGAAUGUGAGCUUGUUCACGAUCUUGUGGAUAGCUGUGUCCCCGGAGACACAGUGACUGUUACUGGAAUUGUCAAAGUCUCAAAUGCGGAAGAAGGUUCUCGAAAUAAGAAUGACAAGUGUAUGUUCCUUUUGUACAUUGAAGCAAAUUCUAUUAGUAAUAGCAAAGGACAGAAAACAAAAAGUUCUGAGGAUGGGUGUAAGCAUGGAAUGUUGAUGGAGUUCUCACUUAAAGACCUUUAUGCCAUCCAAGAGAUUCAAGCUGAAGAAAACCUGUUCAAACUCAUUGUCAACUCACUUUGCCCUGUCAUUUUUGGUCAUGAACUUGUUAAAGCAGGUUUGGCAUUAGCACUCUUUGGAGGAAGCCAGAAAUAUGCAGAUGACAAAAACAGAAUUCCAAUUCGAGGAGACCCACACAUCCUUGUUGUUGGAGAUCCAGGCCUAGGAAAAAGUCAGAUGCUACAGGCAGCAUGCAAUGUUGCUCCACGUGGCGUGUAUGUUUGUGGUAACACCACCACCACCUCUGGUCUGACGGUAACUCUUUCAAAAGAUAGUUCCUCUGGAGAUUUUGCUUUGGAAGCUGGUGCCCUGGUACUUGGUGAUCAAGGUAUUUGUGGAAUCGAUGAAUUUGAUAAGAUGGGGAAUCAACAUCAAGCCUUGUUGGAAGCCAUGGAGCAGCAAAGUAUUAGUCUGGCUAAGGCUGGUGUGGUUUGUAGCCUUCCUGCAAGAACUUCCAUUAUUGCUGCUGCAAAUCCAGUUGGAGGACAUUACAAUAAAGCCAAAACAGUUUCUGAGAAUUUAAAAAUGGGGAGUGCACUACUAUCCAGAUUUGAUUUGGUCUUUAUCCUGUUAGAUACUCCAAAUGAGCAUCAUGAUCACUUACUCUCUGAACAUGUGAUUGCAAUAAGAGCUGGAAAGCAGAGAACCAUUAGCAGUGUCACAGUAGCUCGUAUGAAUAGUCAAGAUUCAAAUACUUCAGUACUUGAAGUAGUUUCUGAGAAACCAUUAUCAGAAAGACUAAAGGUGGUUCCUGGAGAAACAAUAGAUCCCAUUCCCCACCAGCUAUUGAGAAAGUACAUUGGCUAUGCCCGACAGUAUGUGUACCCAAGGCUAUCCAAAGAAGCUGCUCAAGUUCUUCAAGAUUUUUACCUUGAGCUCCGGAAACAGAGCCAGAGGUUAAAUAGCUCACCAAUCACUACCAGGCAGCUGGAAUCUUUGAUUCGUCUGACAGAGGCACGAGCAAGGUUGGAAUUGAGAGAGGAAGCAACCAAAGAAGAUGCUGAGGAUAUAGUGGAAAUUAUGAAAUAUAGCAUGCUAGGAACUUACUCUGAUGAAUUUGGGAACCUAGAUUUUGAGCGAUCCCAGCAUGGUUCUGGAAUGAGCAACAGGUCAACAGCAAAAAGAUUUAUUUCUGCUCUCAACAACAUUGCUGAAAGAACUUAUAAUAAUAUAUUUCAAUUUCAUCAACUUCGGCAGAUUGCCAAAGAACUAAACAUUCAGGUUGCUGAUUUUGAAAACUUUAUUGGAUCACUAAAUGACCAGGGUUACCUCUUGAAAAAAGGCCCAAAAGUUUACCAGCUUCAAACUAUGUAAAAGGACUUCACCAAGUUAGGGCCUCCCGGGUUUAUUAGCAGAUUAAAGCCAUCUCAGUGAAAAUAUGUGUGCACGCACAGACACACACACACACACACUCAAAUACUGUUCUCUGAAAAAUGAUGUCCCAAAAGUAUUAUAAGAAAAAAGCAUUAAAUAUAACAAACUAAUUUAAGAACUGAUAAAGUCUCCAGAUGCAGUAGCUCACACUGUAAUCACGGCAAUUCAGGAGGCUGAGGUGAGAGGAUUGAGACCAGGGUUCGAGACCAACCUUGGGCAAUAUAGCAAGACCCCAUUUCUU